AUGAGUACAUUGCGACAGAAGAUUCGGAACGUUUUCUCCUGGCAACACGAUGAUUACAGUUUUGAACCAGUGGGCGAGUUAGCCCAACCCAGUAACCCACCGUUAGAACCACCGAAGGAUAACAAACCAAACCGUUUUCUGAAAGGAUCGUCCUCGAAACCUACGGCUACGCCAUCGAAAGGUGUGGGUAAUCGAACGGCCAAAAUCAAUAAAAAGCGAUUAAACCAGAUAAACAUUGCAAGAAACACUUCGAUAACUUCGGCACAGCUAAAUGCCGCCGUACCGCUGGUGAACAUAAGGCGGGCACCGUCGGAUAGAUCGGUGCUAUCGGAAAUCGACCGGCAGAUAGUACAACCUCGCAAGCAACCCGGACUCAAUCUAUUCGCUCGUCCGAUAACGGUGGCCGGCAGUACACCCGCACCAUCGUCCACCUCCGGUCGUUCUGUAAUUUCCAAAGCAUCAUCUAGUCGGGCGAGUUCAUCUGUCCCUUCCACAUUGACAAAUUCAUCACAGAAGGAUAUCGUGGUGGUAAGAAAAGCUCCACCAGCUCCAUUGGAUAACGGACGAUUGUUUCAGCGUGCGGUAAGGAAAGAACCAGCAGCCGCAGAUCGUUCUUCUAUUAAGCGAAAGCCGCUGUUGAGCGGGUUCGGCAGACAGAGAGGGCAAGGCCCAUCGGGACCGAAACACCAGUCCCAGCAGCCGGUAUCCUCGGUCGGUGUCGCUGCGGCCGGUUCGGGCCAUGCGGAAGGUGUCACCGGUAGCGUACACCACGGUGCUGCAAACGGUGGUGGCGGGUUGCUGAAGAGUGCCGCAUCGGUAUCGAGCCUCGAGUAUCCGGUCGUUGCGAAACCGGCGCAAUCCGCUCGGGGCACCGGGCACCAACAGCAGCGGUUUAACGGAUCGAAGGAAAAGCUAGACCACGGUCACCAUCACCACCACCUGCACCACCAUCAUCACCAGCCGCAUCUGCACACGCAACAUCACCAUCCCCAUACGCAGCACAGCCGAACGGCAUCGGCACAGAUGGCGCAAAUGGCGACCACCGUGUCGACGAACCACUUGAACAAAUUCCCACCGGGUGGAGCAUCCGGGUCGGCGGCGGCGGUCGGGGAUGAUGGUUUGCUAAACGAGCGUGGCGUCGACAUCGGAAGUGGAGGGCUGAGCUCGAGCAUGGAACAGCUGACCGCUAUCAGUUUCGUGGGCCCGGAAAAGGCGACGGCGGGCGGUCGAAAGGAGCAAAAGCAACAGACAUCACCUAGCAAGAGCCGUAUGGCCGAACUGCAGGUGCAUCUGGAGAAGCUGCAGUCCGAAAACGUCCGGCUCGAGAAGCGGGUGCACGAGAUGACGAGUUGCCAGGAGGAGCUGUUGCUGUUGCGUGACGAAAUUGUGCAGCUAAAGGCAUCACACGAGCAGAGCAACGGUGAGCUGCAUCGGUUGCUGAACGAGAACGAAUCCCUCCGGGAUCGGUUGAAAACGGUCGUCCAGUCGCCGCUGUCCGAUACGGAAAAGCAGCAGCUCAUACGCAAUACGCAACGGUUGCACAGUUCCGCACCGGCAUCGAUCGCGCUUCCGAAUAACAUGGAUGCCGAAGGUACACCUUGCGUAACGCCCGACUGGGACAAACAAUCGUCCAGCAGCGAAAUAGCGGUGGCCUGUUUGCAAGAUAAAAUUAUUCAGAUGGAGGAAACGCAUUACUCCACAAACGAGGAACUGCAAGCAACGCUGCAAGAAUUAGCCGAUUUACAGUCGCAGAUAAUGGAGCUUCAAUCCGACAACGAAAGGCUCGCGGAGGAGAAGGAUGUCAUUUUCCAGUCGUUGUGUCGCCAGACGGAAAAGCUAGAAGAUUCGCGCACCCAGAUCGGCACGCUCCAGAAGUUACUGUUGCGCGAACCAAACCAGCAGGACAUGAUACCGACGGAUCGUGAACAAAAGUUGGUCGAUUUGCUGAAGAAUGCGCAGGACGAGCGGGAAUGUUUGAUGCUGAAACAGGAGGACCUAAACGCCGAGCUGAACGAGCUGAAGGCAAUGGUGGACGAACGGAAUGGGGAGGUAACGCGGGCUCGCGGUCGCAUCAGUAUGCUGGAAUCAUCACUGGAUGCGGCAAACGCCGAGCAGAAGGAUGCAAAUGCGCAGCUGAUGGAAUCGAAGGAAGACGCAUCGGUUAAGCUGAUUGAGAUAAGCCGAUUGACCACGCUGCUCGAGAAUGCACGGGCCAAAAUCGAUGAACUCGAGCAGGACCGGGCAAUGGGUGACAAAACGGAUCUGGAGGAGUUGCUUGAUGUUGCACGCAAGGAGAAGGAUCAACUAGAAACGCAGAUUGCGUCCUUCCAGGAGCAGGUAUCGAUCAGUCAGUGCGAGAUCCAGAAGCUCAAAGAUCAGCUGGCGCGACUAAACGAAGAGUGCAAAGUCGUGCGAAACAACGCCAAAUGUGUCAUCUCGGAUUUGGAGUAUAAGAAUGAAACCGUGACGCAGGAAAAGCAAAAGAUGGCAACCGAUUUUCAGCAGCUGCAGGAAUCGAUCAAUGAACUACAGGUUCAAAACAAAUGCCUCCUGGAGGACAAAUCCCAGCUGGAAACGCUACUGUCGGAAACGCAGAAGCAUCUUGGUGAAACUGAGCGCCAGCUGAUGGAAAAGACUGAGGAACUAAACCAAGAAACUAGACUUAGGAAGCAGGAAGCGGACGAGUGGGAACAUUUCCAAUCCGACCUACUGAUGACGGUACGGGUGGCUAACGAUUUCAAGACUGAAGCACAAAACGCCCGCGAAAAGCUUGCCCUCGACAAUAAGGCACUGCGCGAAAAGGUGCGCGUGCUCGAGCAGCAGAUCGAACAACUGAACAAACAAUCGUUAAAAGGUAUCGGCAAUGCGUACGAUGUUCAGUUGAGUUACGAGCGCUUGAACGUUCUUAAGCAAGAUCUGAGCGCUUCGGUAGAAAAUCUAAACACAUUCGAUCGGAAUGUAGACGAAUUUUCCUACCGUGUUCAGUUGCUCCGCAAACAAAUGCACAACUUUUCGCUUGAUCGCAAACCGUCUGGCGGUAGUACCCUUGCGCCAGGCUUGGAUGAGACAUCCAAGAAGCGGGUUGUAAUGCAAUCACCUCCACCGCGAACAGUUCCCGACUCCGAUUCCGAUGUACCACCGCCCUUACCGAAAACAAAACCACCGAAACUCGUAGUCCGCUUCGCAGACGAACGGUCAAGUCUUGAAACAUUAGACAGUACGGAUUAUGAGUAUAGCGAAUCCGACCAAGACGAUUCCGAAGUGAUUGGUACUCUUAAACGAAAAUCAACACCGUUCGAGGCCAGUCGGCAAAGCAAGACACCGUCAUCUGAAAGCAUAUCAGAGGCCAGUGUGCUUACUAGUGAUGUUGAUGAAAUUUCCCAAGAGAUUGGUGAAUAUCGGGUUAAUCCUCCCGCCUUCCGACCCAUCGUCGCUUCACAGAGCACCGAAAAUCUGGUCCACAGUCCGUACGCCCUGUUUAAACCGAUUCCUCGGUUUGCCUCAAAGAGUACGCAGGAUUUAAGCUCCAUCGAGCGAGCGGAAGGUUUGUACCAUCGGCAGCAUAAACAUCGCCACCACCGGGCUCUCAAUUCAUCAGACUUCGGUUCAGGGCUGUUCUACUCGAAAAGCACCGACGAUCUUAUCCUGCCGGAUAUCGACAGAUUGGCACAGAAGCCUGCAACGAACCUGAGCAAAUUUCGUAAAUUUCGAUACGAACGCUCGAUAAGUGGUUCGAGCUUGAAUAGUUUAGUAAAACUCGAACGUCAAGAACAGACUUUUCAGCAGCAGAGGCAGCAAGAUACUAGUGAUGAAACAAUUUCGAUCAUGAAGGAACAUAACAUAGAAAGUGGAGUUGAGGUUGCACCGAAGAGGACACCUUCGCUGGUCACUUUUCAGAAGGAAUUGGUAGAUGUGUCUGGUUUGCAGCAGCAAAACAUGGCAGAAUUUCAAGAGCCUAAGAGUAAAGUGGAAAGUCGUAAACCUUUGCCACUUCCUCGAACGGACAGUGAACAGAACUUGGCGGCUCAAAAGACAAUUGUGUACGUUAUCGACGAACAGACAGAACAGUUCGUUCUCGAGGAGGAGCUACAGAAACGUAAGCAGGAACGGGCCAAGAAAGAAUCCACCAAACAGGCUGUGGUCGCACCAAAGUUGCCAACAAAAACUAACACGAAAUUUGUCGCAAAUCGCAAGGCCCCAACAUCUUCCACUGCGACCGCCGAAUCAUUGUACGAAAACAUACCUUACCGAAGAAGUAUUGUAACAAAAAGUUAUUCCUUUGACCAUAAUCCUAUGCUAACCUCAAAAGAAACUCAAUCACAGUCACUCAUUACAACCGUGCAACAGGAAAUGGCCGUUCGGCGACAGCAAAAGUCCGCAAUCCAGAGGCAAGAUUCGCGCCUGUCGGUAAAGAGUCUUAUUGAGAGCAUUGAAAAUUCAGCCAAACAGACCAAACUAAAUUCCGACUCGCGGUGCAGUUCCAGCUCCAGCAUUAACAGCAUUCCAGCUGACGCAAAUCCCACUCUUUCUGCAAAACAUUCCUCACUUAGCAGUACGAACAAUAAUACUAUAAACAACAAUGAACACGACAGUAUCAGCAACAAUAUUAGUAAGAGCCACGUAAAUGGCAACAACAAUGACGAAAACAACGUAAUCCAAAUUCCUGUGCAGCCAUCGACUAUUGUGCAAUCCGGGGCAUUGCCAGCUAAAAGUCCGUUGAGAGAACAGCAGCAACCUACUGUGGGAAGCAACGUGAACAGUAAUUCCAAAUCCAACGCUACAGCAGACACAGUAAUAUUGAUGAAAAAAUCAAAUCUUAUCACCAGCAACAAUGGUUGCAAUACAACACUAAACCCAGCAAUUAUUUCCCACAAAACGAUGGACUAUGUGCGUCGAAAUAGCUACAAUGACAUAAGUGAACGAAAAGAUCCGUUGAAUGCGUUAGUCAAAAAUGGAGGCUCAAAGCGAAAUGCACUGCUGAAAUGGUGCCAAAACAAAACGGUUGGAUAUCGGAAUAUUGACAUCACAAACUUUAGCUCGUCUUGGAAUGACGGUUUGGCACUGUGCGCCAUCAUGCACUCCUAUUUGCCCGAUCGCGUCCCCUACGAUAAGCUGAAUCAGAACGACAAACGGCGCAAUUUUAGUCUCGCAUUUACCGCGGCCGAAAGCGUAGGCAUUCAGACGUCUUUGAGCAUUGACGAGAUGUGCCUUCAGGAACGACCGGACUGGCAGCAGGUAAUGGGCUACGUAACGGCCAUCUAUAAACAUUUUGAAACAUAA